AUGACGUCGGGAGGACGGUUGCCGGCGCGGAGGAUCGCGCACUGCGUCGGGCCGAGGUACGCGGAGAAGUACGCGACGGCGGCGGAGCACGCGCUCGUGCACUGUUACGUGAGCGCGCUGACGAAAGCGGUGGACGAGUGCAAGGCGAGGACGGUGGCGUGCACGCCGGCGUGCGAUGAGAAGAAGGGGUAUCCGAGCGAUUCGGCGGCGAUGGUGAUGGUGCGGACGAUUCGUAGGUUUCUGGAGAAGUGGAGCGGUAAGUUGGACUGCGUCGUCGUGUGCGCCAACGCGGCGGAGAUGGAUGAUUAUCGAGCGGCGCUUUCGGUGUUUUUCCCGAGAAACGACGAGGAAAGAAAGCUAUCGGAGGAGGCGCUGAAGGAUAAGCCCGGGUACAACGAGUACGGAGAGAUGAUUUUGGACGAAAGACGUCUGCGCAUCGCGGGGCGGUUGUCGUCGGCGAGCGAUUUCACGGGCGGGAUGAACAAGACGAUGGGGGUCAGCCUGGAUGAUUCCGACGCCACCGUCGUGCCCGCGGAAACCGGGCUCACGGUGUCGCGAGACACGCGAGACGUGGAGGAUGAACAAACCCGCCGAGCGAAUUUGCUACGGCGCGCGGAAUCUAUGGAUGUGAGCGAUGUGAGCGACGCCAAGGCGAUCUAUCUAGAAAAGUCUCGCGAUUACAUCGGUCGACGAGUCGUCGUCGUCAUCGCCGCGUUUCUCGAGCGCUUGAUCAAGUCGGGCGAAGAGCAAAGGCUCCUGGCGCACGUGGCGAAGGAACUUCGUGGGGUGACGGAUAAUCCGCGAGGAUACGUCAUUGUGUAUCAUCACACCGGAGGUGUGUACGGCGCGCCGCCUAGCUUGGACUUCAUUCGCAAGCUGCACGUCGCGCUCGGGCCGCAGCAUCGCGACACGCUGAAGACGGUGUUUGUCGUGCACGCGACGGCGAUACUCAAGGCGGCAAUCUGGACGAUGGACAUGCUUCAACUCGAGUCGAGGUUGUGUAACAAGGUUGAGUACGUCGAGACAGUGUGCGAUUUACGCGACUACGUCCGACUGGAAGGGAUCAACGAGAAACUCGAAAUACCUGCGCACGUCGAAGAAUACGAACGAGACCUCGCUCGAAACGCGCAGACUUCUUUCUGGUAG